AAUCAAUUAAAAAAAGAAAAAAACUGAUAUGCUGCUUACCUUUUAGAUGCUUCAGUUAUUUUGGGUUCUCAAUCUUUUUCAUUUUAUAGCCUAAAAAUACUAAAAAAGGAGAGCUUUAGCUAAACAGAAAGCUGAGAAAGUGACCCUUUUGCUGUCUCUCUUUUCCCUCUUGUUCUAGCUGUGAAAUCUUGUCCCAAACAAUUGAAGAAAAUUUUUUUUUUUUAGCUGUUCAUAACUGGCAUUUUUUGUUCUGUCUUGGAAAUCGUUGUUACUCACCCACCAGAUUGAGCAUUUUCUGCUCAUUUUUUUCUUCUCAUUUGAAAGAUUCAACAAUAGAGUAAAGUAGAUCAUCAUUUCAUCUUUUUAAUGACACCUUCUUUAGUGUCAGAGACAAGUAGUGUACGGCGGUUACAGAAUUAAAAAAAGGUGUUGGAGUUGGAGUUUAGGAGUUUAAGGACAAUAUCUGAGAACUCUUUUUUAUCAGUUACCCAAACAGAAAAGGGAUCAAUCAGUUCAAUAUCCAGAGGAUGAUGAAUGGUCUUACACACCUUGAACCAGAUUAUUCUGAAUUUGUUGAAGUAGAUCCAAGUGGUAGAUAUGGCAGGUAUAAAGAGAUUCUUGGCAAAGGAGCUUCAAAGACAGUGUAUGAAACUCAACUUCUGCUUUCUGUUUUUUGAGGUUUUAGGCUUUCUGCCGCUUUCCCCCUUUUGGAAUCUCUAGAUACAUGGCUCCUAUUUUGGGAGUUUAAUUGAUGCAAAUGUGUCAUUAAUAGUUACUUCUUUUUUUAAGAUGCUAAAUGCUCAUUUUAGAUUCUCUUCAAAAGUGCAAAGCUUUUUAGGAAUCUGGAUAGAUGGCCAUAGGCUUUUGCAAAUGAGUUUACUGUAAAGAUUGCUCUUUUUUUUUUUGACAUUUGGGAGUUAGGAUAAAUGAGCUAAUGAUGGUUGCAUUGGCUUUCCUGAUUUUAUUUUCUUGUUGGUGGAUUCAGUUACAGAGCAUUUGAUGAAUAUGAAGGGAUUGAAGUUGCUUGGAACCAGGUCAAACUCUAUGAUUUCCUCCAAAGCCCUGAAGAUCUUGAGAGGCUUUAUUGUGAAAUUCAUCUGCUUAAAACAUUGAAGCACCAGAACAUUAUGAAGUUUUAUACAUCUUGGGUAGAUACUGCCAACAGGAACAUCAAUUUUGUGACCGAAAUGUUCACUUCUGGGACUCUCAGACAAUAUAGGAUGAAGCAUAAGAGAGUAAACAUUAGAGCGGUGAAGCAUUGGUGUAGACAGAUCCUAAAAGGGCUUCACUAUCUUCAUACCCUUGACCCUCCUGUGAUCCACAGAGAUCUCAAAUGUGAUAACAUCUUUGUAAAUGGCAACCAAGGAGAAGUAAAAAUUGGGGAUCUUGGUCUAGCUGCAAUUCUUCGGAAAUCCCAUGCUGAACAUUGUGUUGGCACACCUGAAUUCAUGGCUCCUGAAGUUUAUGCCGAGGAAUAUAAUGAAUUAGUUGACAUAUAUGCGUUUGGGAUGUGCAUCUUGGAAAUGGUAACCUUUGAAUAUCCUUAUAGUGAGUGUACCCAUCCUGCCCAAAUUUACAAGAAAGUUACCUCUGGGCAAAAGCCAGAUGCUUUGUAUAAAGUAAAGGAUCCGGAGAUACGAGAGUUUAUUGAAAAGUGCUUAGCGACUGUCUCUCUAAGGCUGUCAGCGGGGGAGUUGCUAGAUGAUCCUUUUCUUAAAAUUGAUGGUUGUGAGGCAGAAGAAAUAAGACAAGUUAAUAAUCCGAGGGAUUUGGAUCACAUGGAGCCCGUAAUGAGGCAGCCUUUUCCUGAUUUUAGAUAUGAAGGAGAAUCAUUUAGUAACAGCUCCUUCAAUGGAUAUUCCAAUGGUUUUGCAUUUGAAGACCAAAAUGGAUGGGAUUGUCAUCCUAAUGAGUAUGAGCAAAGUGGAAUUCAACUUUUCAGGUAUAAUGAGGAAGUCCAUACUGCUGAAGAUUCUGCACAAGUUGAUAUAACUAUUAAAGGAAAGAGAAGAGAAGAUGGUAGCAUCUUUUUAAGGCUUCGAAUUUCUGACAAGGACGGGCGCAUCAGAAACAUCUACUUUCCGUUUGAUAUUGAGCUAGACACAGCUUUGAGCGUCGCGACUGAAAUGGUUGCCGAGCUGGAUAUGACUGACCAGGAUGUCACGAACAUAGCAGAUAUGAUAGAUGGAGAGAUAGCUUCAUUGGUGCCUGAAUGGAAACCAGGGCCUGGAAUACUUGACACUCCCCGUUUUGCUAAUUCAAGCUUUUGCCAAAAUUGUGCUUCCACUCACACAUCUACCGGUUCUUUAAUAAACUUGCUGUCAGGUGGCAACAAUUUCCAGAUCCUGCAAUGUUUAGGGAAUGGAUGUGCCGCUACUCAUGGUAGAUUUGAGGAGAUCACUUACCAAGUUGAUACUCCUCGCGUUUUGGAUAAGGGAAAUAAGUCAGUUUCAUCAAACCAUAGAAAUGGUCUUCAUCACCUAGAAUUUUGGAAUGAACAUGAAAUCCAUGAAUGCAGUUCAUUAGGAUCUGUGGAGACCCCUUCGCUUGAAGAAGAAGAGGAAGAAGAAAAUGUGGUUGCAGAAAUCUCAAAGGAGUACGAGAAAGGGGUCCAGAAGAGAAUUCAGGUGGCUUAGAGCUACGUAUCUAAUCAAACUGAGAGAGCUUAGAGAUCAAAAGCUAGGAGCUGCGAGUAGACUGCUUGGAUUCCAUUCCACCCAAUCCCAUAGUCAAAGCAGAACUAAAGGUGGUACAAUAUCCCAGAAAACACUCUUCAAUCCUUCUAAUGAUGAUUUUAGCUUGAACUUCAACGUCAAAUUGCAGCUCAGUAGCCCGGUUCACUGUUCCAGACGGACCUGAAACGCGAGGCACUAAGGGAAAUUCCUGCUAAGAGCUUCUGCAAUAGUACAUUACUUGCAAACUCACUUCAUAGAACAAUAUCCUUGCCAGUUGAUGCUAUUUACCUGUCAUAGUGAUCGACUGUGCAGUUAUUCUUGUCUAAAUUUUUUCAUAUAGCUGUAGUGAAAAUCAUCCUCAAUGGAUGAAUCGCUUUGACCGUUGUUGUAUCCUCUAUUCUUGAUAUCUUUACUUUUUCUGGAAAGGGGAUUCACCUGUAAAUUAUCCUUCUCCAUUGAUGAGAAGUGAGUAGUAUACAAAUUUGAAACACAUUGAACAGAAGUGUACAAUUAUGAGAUAUAUAUAAAAAAAUUACCAAGCUUCAGAUUCAUCUGCUUUACUCUCUUUCUAUCUGUUCUUAUUCUUACCUAAAGAUAGCACUGUGUCCUCUGCUGUCUUACUACUAAUUUGGAUACUCUUCAUGAUUUUG